AUGAACCAAAUUUUAGGUCUGAACAAAAACAAAAUGGCUAAGCUCGUCAUUGUCACCGCAAUGCUUGCUUUGGCAGUGGCUGUAUCGGCAGCACCAACCGAAGAACCCUCUUAUGUCGAUGUACCAAUAACCGAUUCGGAAGAACUCAGCGAUGCAACGUCGACGCUUGCGCCUGCCAUCGAACAAGAGCAGGAAAUGGCUGCAAAGGUUUGUACAGUUCUCGAAGCAUAA